AUGCAGCUCUCUUUUAUUACCCUGCUGGUCACCUUGACCACUUUCGCAUUGGCGAACCCAGCUCCUCCUCCCAAGUGCGGUACUUGCAAUCCUAUUUCGGGCCAAAACAGCUGUGAUAUCACCACCUCGUGCAUCAAUACUGGAAGCACCUUCCACUGUGCCUGCCGUGCCGGUUAUAAGGCUUCCAAGAACAAUAACGAUAUCCACUCGCAAUUCCGCCUGCCGAUGCCGAAUUACGAGUUCCUGGUCUUCGUGCCUGAGAACACUCAGUGUAACACCUUGUGUGACAACCCAUACUCCGCUCCGGGCGACCUGUGCAAGGAGGUCCACCUGUAUAAUCAGUGCAAGGUUUAG